AUGCAACAACCGACCGGGUUCGACUAUAAGGCUCCUCAGCAGACUGGAUCUCUGGGACUGCACAAUACAGAUAUAUCUACGAGCGAGGAAGACGUACAAACACUUCAGAAUAACGACGCUCGCGAUAUUCCCGUCGCCAAGGGACAGAUAUUAUUAGAGCAGCCCCAGCCAACACCAGACAAGCCGAACAAGCCAUACAGUAUCUACACUAACCGCGAGAAAUGGAUUAUUGUCACUAUGGCCGCCGUGGCAGGACUCUUCAGUCCUUUGACCUCGCAAAUUUACUUCCCAGCGUUACCUACGCUGGCGAAGGCUUUCCACACGUCUACGGAAAAUAUAAACCUGACGGUGACCAUGUACGUGCUGCUGCAAGGCAUAGCACCCAUGUUCUGGGGGACGCUGGCCGACCGCUGGGGAAGGAGGCCGAUGUUUAUGGCUUGUAUGCUCGUGCUGUCCCUCUCUUGCGUCGGACUCGCCCUCGUACCAACGAAUGCAUACUGGCUACUCAUGGUCCUACGGUGUGUGCAGGCCGCUGGCUCUGCUAGCACGAUUGCGCUUGGAGCGGGCGUCAUCGCAGAUAUCACCGAGCGUGCUGAGCGCGGUAAUUUCUUUGGUUUAUAUAACUUAGGUCCCAUGGUUGGGCCAUGCCUCGGGCCCGUUAUUGGCGGUGCCCUUGCGCAAGGUCUGGGCUGGAGGUCAAUCUUCUGGUUUCUGUGCAUCGGCUCGUCAAUCUGUCUCGUUGCUAUGCUCUUAAUCUUGCCAGAGACACUGCGCUCGCUCGUCGGAGACGGUAGCAUCACACCCCCUCCUAUCUAUCGGCCCCUGCUUCCCAUCAUCGGCCGCAACAGGACAGGCACGAAUGACGACGUUGAACGUCCACCCAAGACCAAGUUCCGGAACCCAUUUCGCAUCAUGUUCUACCCGGACGUGUUUAUCCUUCUCCUCUUCAACGGCGUUCAGAACUCGCUUUUCUACGCUAUGACGGCCUCGAUCUCGACGCUCUUUAGCGUGACAUACCCGUAUCUGUCUGAGACGACCAUCGGCCUGUGCUUUCUCGCUAUCGGUGGUGGUAUGCUCGCUGGCAGCUGGAUCAACGGCCGCGUGCUCGACCUCGAGUAUCGCCGUGUACGGCGCAAUCUGGAACGACGCGCGUGCGAAGACCCCGAGUACGAUGUGCCAUUCGAGGACGUUACAAAGGACGAGCACUUCCCGAUUGAGUACGCACGCUUCCGGACGAUUCCCAUCUACUUCGUGAUCUAUGUCGCCGUAGCAAUUGGCUACGGGUGGGCGCUGCAGAGCAAGGUCAACAUCGCGGUGCCGCUCAUCCUGCAGGUUAUCUUCGGAUACGCUAUCAUCUGUAUUUUGAACACCACCCAGACACUCAUUGUUGACUUGGUACCCGGCCAGGGCUCUUCCGUCAGCGCAUGUAAUAACUUUGUGCGCUGUGGUUUGGGAGCGGUCACCGUGUCCGUCAUCGAUAUCAUGAUCAACGCAAUGGGCGUCGGCUGGGCGUUUGUCGUGCUCGCUGGUCUCUGUGUUGCCACGGGCCCGUUCAUAUUCAUGAUCAUGUUCAUUGGACCUAAGUUCAGAGCCAAGCGCAGGCUUCGGCAGGCUCAGAAACAGUCGGAGAAGCAGCCUCAGUAGCUACAACUACAUGCAAUAUCCUCACGAUUUUGUCCUGGUAAUAAUGUUAGGCGGACUUCAGGAAGAUUUU